CAGCCUCCGCCCACCUCUCUCUGGGUCCGCCCUCAUGCUCGAGGCCCCGCCCCCGCUCUCUGUGCCUCAGCUCCUUUAAGGCACCGGUAGCCGAGGGCGCGCGGGUGGGGGACGUUCGUUUGUCCAGAGUCAGGCAGACACACCCCGGUUGAGGGUCGCCCCUGGGCGAGGGCACGAGGUGAGGGGGGGAUGGGCACCGGAGCCAACACUGCGGAGCACGCUCAGUCCAGGGUCCGGCCGCCCGCUCCGGCUCCAGGCGAGGACAUACAGUGGCCUCCGGAGGGAGAGUGAGCCGAAGUUCUUCAGCUCGAGCUACCAUGGAAAAGUACCAGAUUUUGUACCAGCUGAGUCCUGGGGCCUUAGGGGUGAACCUGGUGGUGGAGGAACUGGCCACUGAAGCCAAGCUCGUGAUAAAGCAGGUGGAAUGCCUUGAUGAGCAUCAUACCAAUGAGGCCCUGGAGGAGCUCAGGCCUCUGCUAAAGCUUCAGCACGCCCACAUCUCCCUGUACCAGGAGCUGUUCAUCACGUGGAACAGUGAGGUCUCCUCUCUGUCCCUCUGUCUGGUGAUGGAGUACAGCCAGGGUAGCCUCCAGAUGGUCAUUCAGAGUAAGAGGGAAGAGAAGGCAGUCAUGGAUCCAAAGUGGAUGCAGGAAAUCCUGGGUCAGAUGUUGGACGCUCUGGAGUACCUGCACCAGCUGAGCAUCAUCCACAGGAAUCUCAAGCCUUCUAACAUCAGCCUGGUCAGUAAAAACCACUGCAAACUCCAGGACCUGAGCUCCAACGCACUGAUGACCCACAGAGCCAAGUGGAAUGUCCGUGCAGAGGAAGACCCCUUUCAAAAGUCCUGGAUGGCCCCCGAAGCCCUGGACUUCACCUUCAGCCAGAUGUCUGACGUCUGGUCCCUGGGCUGCAUCAUGCUCGACAUGGCCAGCUGCUCCUUCCUGAAUGCUACAGAAGCCAUGCACCUACGGAAGUCCCUCCGCCAGAACUCUGGCAGCCUGAAAGCCAUCCUGAAGACCAUGGAGGAGAAACACAUCCCAGAUGUAGAAACCUUCUCUUCCCUCCUGCCCUUAAUGUUGCAGAUCAACCCCUUGGAUCGAAUAACAAUCAAGGCUGUGGUUCGUAUGACCUUUGUGAGUGGCUCAUUCAAGUCCUCAUGUGUGGCCAUGACCCUGCACCAGCAGGUGGUGCCCGAGAUCAUCACCAGCAUACUGUUAGAAGGCAACGUCACCAGCAUCUUAGAGGCCAUGGAGAGCUUCCCCAGCCGUCCUGAAGUUCAGCUCAAGGCCAUGAAGAGGCUUUUGCAGAUACCUGAGGACCAGCUAGGGCUGCCAUGGCCCAUGGGGCUGGUGGAGGUGGUGGUCACCGCUAUGAAGCUGCAUGAGAGGAUCCUCGACCUGCAGCUUUGUGCCUGCUCCCUGCUACUGCGCAUCCUGAGCCAUGUGCUGGUGCAGGAUGCAGAAGCCCAGGUGCCAUGGGAUAUCUCCAUCAUCUGCUCCCUGCUGAGCAUCAUGCGGAGCCACUCAGACUCGGAGCAACUCAUCACCCAGGGCUACAGCCUGCUCACCAUAAUCUCUAGCCAGGUGCAGGUCUCCGAGGAACUACAGAAGGCGGGGCUGUUUGAGCUCAUCCUGGAGCACCUGCACAGAUUCUCCAAGGACAGGGACAUCUGCUUCAGUGCCUUGGGCCUGCUCUGGUCCCUCCUGGUGGAUGCUGUCAUUGUGAACAAAGACCCUGUGGUGAAGAUCCCAGCCCUGGUCAUCCAGGUGCUGGACACCCACCCCACAGAUGCAGAAAUAGCUGAGGCAGGCUGUGCGGUGUUCUGGCUGCUGUCCUUGCUGGGCUGCAUGAGUGAGUGGCAGUUUGAGAAGGUGGUGGAGCUGCUUUUGCAAAGCAUCCGGCUGAGCCAGGAAAGAGUCCUGCUGGUGAAUAAUGCCUACCGAGGGCUGGCCAGCCUUGCCAAGGUGUCAGAGCUGGCAGCCUUCCGGGUGGUGAUGCCACAGGAUGGUGGCAGUGGCCUCACCCUCCUGCAGGAGACCUAUCAGCUGUACAAGGAUGACCCUGAGGUGGUGGAGAACCUCUGCAUGCUGCUGGCCCACCUUUCCUCCUACAAGGAAAUCCUGCCAGAGCUGGAGUCCAGUGGCAUCAGGGCUCUGGUCAGAGAGAUCCAGGGGCGCUUCAUCUCCAGCCUGGAGCUGGUCUCUUAUGCAGAGAAAGUAUCCCUGAGUCUGGAGGCUGCACUGCACAGCUCCCAGGAAAGGAAGCUGCUUGGAGCUGCUGUCGGGGAGGAAGCAGCUGCUCCUAAGGUCCCCUUUCUCCCGGAGGGCCGCCCCCACCUGCCCUGAAGCACCUGCCUUCCUGUCCUAGGUGUAAGUGGGGAGGAGGACGUUAGGGACCAGUAUGCACGUCCCGCUAUGCCCAGUAACUAAUAAAGAGGCCCAAGGCUGG